ACUGUAAUAGUAUUCAUGCAUGUCUGCCCCAAAGCAGCUCAUGCAUACACGUUCAAACACGCAGGCUCCGGUCAUAAGGGGAAGAAAAGCACACCGGAGAUCAACAAAGAUCACCGUGAGAGAAAGAAGGAAGAGGUGGAAAAACUGAAGGCAGAGACGGAAGAACUUAAGAAAAGCAAAUUCCACCUUGAUGGACAAGCAUUUCAGCUGAGAAUGGAUCUGAAGGAAACUAGAGAAGAAAAUAUCAACCUGAAGAUCGUGGAAAAGAGUCAAAGUGAUUCUAUACUUGAAAUGGGGAAGAAGCUGAUUGCCUUAGGUGAAGAGAUUCAAGCCUCGAAAGAGGAACAUGCACAGGAAAUGCUGGAGCGCGACAGAGAGUUGACUGCCUUGAAAGAGGAACAUGAACGGCAGAUGCGGGUGUGCACCUCGCGGCACAUAGACGUGGCAGAUUGGCAUGAGAACGCCGGAGAGAUGAACAACCCCAUGGAGACACCUGCCACUGCUCAGGCCACCACCUACUUCUUCAACUCUGACCACUUCGCAUCCCAAACGGCGUAACUCGGCAAGACAUGUAGCAGGGGUAAACAUUUUGAACCACUAAACCCUUAUUUUAUAUUUUCGAAUUUGGAUUCCCUAAGGCCUCAAACUGUACUGAGAGGCAUGAAUAAUUGCAAGAUGGACACCUUCUUUGUGAGACAAUGUGGUAUUUUAUCAUAUGGGCUGGGCUCGGUCUAUUGUAUAUUCUCUUUAUUAUGUAACCUUUUAGCUUGCCUGAGG